CUACUUGUUACGUCAGUGUCGAGAUACCCCAACGGUCCUGGGAUCACACGACCCUCGAUACGUUCCUCGGUACGUCCCUCGAUUCACUCGAUUGUGACCAUUUUGCCUUCUCCCCCUCUCGUGACCCUUCGACAGCCUGAAUCUCCCCCUUCAGCCUCUUCACAUCCCGCACCAUGGGAUCCCAGAUCGACUCACAGGACGAGUUUACGGUGCUCGUCACCGGCUUUGGGCCAUUCAAGGCCGCCUACCCCAUCAACCCGUCAUGGGAGAUCGCCAGUCGGCUUCCCUUCCGUCUCCCACCCCCAACCCGGGCUCCGACCCCGAACCCCUCCCCGUCUGCCACCGCACCAGGCCCCAGUCUCCCGCCCGUCCGCAUCCUGGUGCACCCAGAGCCGAUCCGCGUCAAUUAUGAGAACGUCCGGUCCCUGGUCCCCACGUUCUGGGACCACGACCGCGAUCACGGCGACGCGAUAGUACCCGACGCGCCAGCACUCCCGCGCCGUCGCAUCGACCUCUGCGUUCACAUAGGCAUGGCCGGCCCCAGCAUGCUCUACAACAUCGAGCGCCGCGGCCACCGCGACGGCUAUGACAUGCCCGACGUGGACGGCGAGAGCCUACGCGAUCAAGACCGUCAGGGCGAGUUGGGCGACGAUUGGAUCUGGGCUGGCGUGCCCCCCGAGUUGGAAACGGAUCUCGACCUUCCCGAUGUCUUGAAGCGUUGGCGUCAGCACAGUCCUGAGGACGUCGACCUGAGGAUAUCCGAAGACGCCGGCCACUACCUCUGCGACUUCAUCUACUUCUCCAGCUUAGCCCACUUGUACAAGCGGAACGAAUACCGCCGCGUCGUCUUCCUCCACGUGCCGUGCGAAGCCAGCGAGCAGGCCCUCUGCCAGGGCACCGAGCUGACCGUGAACCUGAUCCGAGCCCUCGUCGAGAGCGAAUGGAGCCGUCAGGGAGAGGCCGAACACCGCCGGAACAACAAGGUUGCGGUCGAGUUUCGCGCAUAAGCCGGAACGAUCCGAAAAUCGAAUCCAUAGGCUUGGAC